AUGACCAACACUAUUAUCAACUACAUCAACUACAUCACUACCAUCAUCGUCAAUCAAGAAUACAUCAUUCAAGCAGGCAUCAGCUUCUUUCGAUUGCCUGUUCGGAUGCCUUUGAUCGUCACUCAAACCGUUCGAGAAACCAUUGCAGCCGGUUUGGUUUGUGCGGCGGCGCUCUUGUUACUUUGGUACAUGGCGCUCGACCUAUACCGAAGCUAUCAAGCACUUUGCGAGCAACGGAGCUGCAACCGACAACAGCCUCCUGUUUCCAUUCUUCGUUGUCCAGGAGGGUUGUCUCAUCGCAAGAAAAACCAAAGUUGGUUUGAUCCAGAAGAAGAAGAAGAACAAGACAACUUUAGCGAUAUUGAAUCGUCUUUGGAUGCUGGAUUGAUUGAUGACGGCAUUGAUUCUGCCGAGGAUCCUUUGGAGGAUACUAUCAUCGAUGACAACAUUCCGGUACCACCACCCGAGGAAUCUGACAACGCAGCUACUAUUGAUAUUCCUUCUGAUGGGAUGGGAUCGGGAUGGACCGAGUCUGGAAAGCGCUACAGCCUUCGACGGGCCAAGCUUCUGAUUCCACAUGCAGAGGAUACUUUCACAGAAGCUUUGGGAUCUGGCAUGACGGAACAAGGAAGGCGAUACAGUCGCCGAGUGGCAAAUCGACGAAACUGUGCCAUUUAA